UCGACACAUAAGCCGGGAACCAAUAUAAAAAAUCCUAACAAAAUGGCAGCUGUCAAGAGAGCUUUGAUGUUUUCCUCAGUUAUUUUGUAUACCUUCCGUGAACUAGCCAUCUAAAUAUAAAAAGACUGCUUGAAGUCUUGAAAUGGAAUUUGACGAAGACGUGCCAAGUUUGUUGCAAAGAGGCACUGAGGAGAUAGGAGAAUUUGAAGAUGAGAUUGCAGUGUUGGAUGAAACAGAUGAACCGCCAGAUGUAGAAAGUCAGUUGGAACAGUUCAGGCAGCAGUGGCAGGCAGAACUAAAGGGAAAUAAUGCAAGCAAGGCUAGUCCUGGAGAAUCUGAUGAAAGUGAGAAGGAAAAAGAGGCAGCUGCCUUGUUUUUAAUGGGAUCAAAAUUUGAGCGAGAAGGAUCUCUUUAUGAAGCUGUAAAUUUCUAUCGUCGUGCUAUGCAACUUGUACCAGACAUUGAGAUGAAGAUUGAAUAUCCAAGAAGUCCACGAGAACGACCAGAGAGUGAAAGUUCCGUAGAUAGUUUUGAUGGUGAGGAUCUGGAAUCUGACCUGGUAACUAGAUUUCACACCUUAAGAAAAAAGUUUGUAGGCCUACUGGCCUGUCACAUAUCUGCUCUACCAGUGGAAGUGCUGAUUUAUAUCUUCAAAUGGGUUGUGUCCUCACAGCUUGACAUGAAAUCAUUGGAGAGUAUUUCUGCGGUAUGUCGAGGUUUCUAUCUAUGUGCCAGGGAUGAAGAACUAUGGAGGCUUGCCUGUCUCAGGGUGUGGGGUUCCAACACUGGGAAGGUGAAAAAAUACAGUUUGUGGAGAAACAUGUACAUAGAGCGUCCACAUCUUCAGUUUGUUGGAUGUUACAUCAGCAAGAUGUCAUAUGUCCGACAGGGAGAGAAAAGUUUGGACGGAUUUUACAGUCCCUGGCAUAACAUAGAGUAUUACCGAUACAUACGAUUCUUUUCUGAAGGUAAAGUGCUGAUGAUGACAAGCCCUGAGGACCCACUUGUGACGUUGCCUAAGUUUAAAUACUCACAUGUGACGAUACCUGGCAUGAUGAAAGGUGUCUAUAAACUCUCAGGGAAUAGAGUUACUGGAGUAUUAAAGCGAGUACAAACCAGUGAGAACACAGCUAACUACAAGAAUAAACGAAACAAAAACCAGAAAACACAGUACGAGGUGCAGCAAACUUUCCAUAUUGAGCUUGAAAUCCAGAAUGUAGGUAAGAGGAAUGGCUGUAAGUUGUCAUGGGUUCACUACUCUGUCAGGACAUUUUAUAAAUCCACAGGAGAGAACAAUGAUACCGACUUUGAGCUGUCCGAUCGAGCAUAUCCCGCUCUCCUAUUUUCUCGGGUGAAAAGCUUCUCAACAGGCACAGAUUCCUUCCUUAAAGUUUAAAGAUUUUUAUCAGUCGCAAUGGAAACCAGUUUACAACCAUUGUCAGCAGACAUCAGUUUGGGUUAUUGAUUCAAUAGUUGGCAUUAUUUAAUUUUAUGAACAUUUGUUUUAACUCACUGCUUGUGUCCUCUUUCACCUUAGUCUAAGACUUUAAAUGCAAAUUUAUGUGUAUGUGUUUUUGUUCCUCUGUUUUACACAGCUGCAAGAAGUUCGCCAUAUACUUAACAAAUUUUCUAACGCAACACUUGUUUUUAGCCAGUAUCUUUUAUUUACUUUAUCAACACUUCUGAAAUAUUACAUAAACUUUGAUAAAUCUGUAGUUAAUAACAUGUCAAACUGAAAGGAAAAUUGUGGAAUGCAAUUACGUUUGUGUAUCUGAAAAGUUUAACCCAUUUUGAAAAAGUUUUUAAAAAAAUAUAUAUAUAUAUAUAUAUUGAUUGAAUACAUUUAAGCAACUCACUCGUAUUUUUAUAGUAAAUAGGGUUAUCUAAAUCUAAGAAAUUUUGUUUCAAACUUUAUUUUUUGAAGUGUUAUGUGAGAAAAUAAGUCCAAAAUGAACUUCUGCCAUUUGUCCCCAUUUAGGUCAGAAUAUUUCACAAGGAGGAUAACUUACCAAAGUCACUUGAAAAGAUAAAUAAGAUGAACAUUUGCAUAUUUUUUAUAAGUUAUAUUUUCUGAUCCUUCAGAAUCAUGGAGUACAGUAGUUUUUACUACAAUAGAAUUCUGCUUAAGCCAGUGCUAGGGGGCAUGAAGGGUGUUUCACAUUUCAGUCUGUUGUUAUGUUGCUUUGUUUUGUUCCAUGCUUCCAAAGGGUCUUUUCCCAUAAUGCAUUUGUUAUUCAUUUCUUUUGUUACUUUUCAAUGUCAGAGAUACUUUCUACAUCAGACUAUGAUUACAUAAAGAUUUUCACAAUAACUGAAAGUGUAUGCAGGUAGCUUGAAAUGAGGGAACCAUCAUUAAAUACUCAUAAUAAAUAUGUUUAUAAUGUAGCUAUCACAUUUUUUUUUAUGAACAUAAGGUAUGGUUAUUUUUGGUUAAAGACUUUUUUAAAUAACUGUUUUCUAACAUAUUUACCAAAGGUAUGGAUUAACAAAGUAGAAAAUAUUGUUGAAUCCAGUGUUUAUGAAUACCCCCUUUUAUGACUCCUAUUGCAUAAGUGCCUUUGUAAUAUUGAAACUUGUGUUUUUAAAUUAUUUAAUUAUGCAUGACAUCUAUUAAGGUAGCUGUUGUCUCUGUUUUUAUUAUAAAAUAAAAAAGAAUUGCGGAACUUGAAAUAGUGUAGAUACUUAUGUAACAUGCUGAAAGGUGUUCAAAUCAAGAGUUGUGCAAGACUCACCUAGUAUUAACUAGGGAUGUGACUCACACAAAAAAACUACUGAAGAUUAACAAUGUUAUUUAUUGUAUGCUGAGUAUUUACAAAUAAAAGAAAACAAUUAUGUUAAUUAAUCCAUAUUUCAAAAAAAAAGAGAAAAAAAGAUAUGGGUGAAACAACGCUUAAUGCAGUGCCCAAGCUCCUUUUGAGAUAACAUGAAAUCAACAAUAUGUAGGAACUCUUCUCACGACAAUAGGCAUUUUUCUCACUACAGUAUUUAGGUACUUUCCUCACUUAAUUAUCAUGGAAACAGCACAGAUGUUAUGUCAUUGGUCAUAACCCUUAGCAACUGAACUUAACAAGUGUUCAGCAAUAUCUGUAAAUGAAUUAACCAUAGAGUAAUUUCGUAACAAAAAGGAUAUAAUUGGACGUUGUACUUGUGCGAUCCAAUGAAAUUAAAUGUAAUAAGAACUACUGAAUGCGCAAGACUUGAUUUACAAGUUUUAAGAUAAAAAUGGAUUAAAUGCAUCAGUGGUCAGUGUAUGUUGAAAUGAAAUUUAUUUCUUUUGAAAAAUUCAAUACAUUUAUUUAUGUUUUGUGACUUAAAAAAUGGGAUAUGGCCAUAAAAUGAUAAAAAUGAUAGAAUGAACUAAAAUUAAUUCUCAAAACUUAUUUUAUUGAAAUUUCUUAAUAACAGCUUUAUUAUUAUCUAAAGAUACGUUAGAUGUGUAAAAUGAGUAACAUUCACAAUACUGGAAAAAAAUACCUUAUGCACUAGAAGAUUUUUUUAAGUGCAAGUGCACUUAAAUCAGCUAUUUUAAAGUCAAGUUUCUGCUUCAUGCAACAGUUCAGCAUUUUUUUAAAGCUGCAAUCAGGAAUUAAAUUUGAAUUGCUGUCUUUAAAUUAUGCAUUGAAAUAACUCUUGAUGAACUGUACAGUAUGAGUACAAUGUUAAUAAAAUGUGAUAAAGUCUAAAUAAAAUAACUAAAAUUGCUAAGAACGUUGUUGUACAAUAUAAUAGGUGAUCAUAAGUUAAUAGACAAGUUGAAAAGUUAUAUGUGUAUGCAUAAAUCUCUACACAUAAUAGUAAGGGUCUGCAUAAAAUGUGUGCGAGAAAUUUGAUGGAUCUGAUUGAUACACUCAAGCCUACAUACACAUACAUUUAUGAACAUGUACAGACAGAUUACAUGACUUUUUUUUAGCACUUCAGAUUUUUUUUUUUUUUUUUUUUUUGGUCACCAGAUUUUUAUUGAGUUUAAGAAUGAGGUCCUACACUUAGGGUGCCUUCAUGAAUGAAAUUACUCUUCCCCAUUUUUACACAAGUACAUAUAAUUUUGUUGAUUUGUUUUCAGUAUAUUUUAGGCAGUAAGACAGUGUUUUAUUUACACUUAGGUUAUAUUUUUUUCUGGACAUACUUUUGAUGUAUUUAACUGUCUGAUGCCUUUUAAGUGCAGAUGGACAGUUGCCGAAAAAAGGAAAUCAAAAUGUAAAGGGAUGCAGUUUUGUCUAAAGGGCGUUUUUAUUUGUAGCUUCACUGUUAUUUGUAUAAUGUUGUACGUUAGUAUUUUCAUUUAAAACUCAUAUGUUUUUAUUUUUUGCACAUUAUAAAAUGGUUUUUACGGUUGUUACAUGUAAAGUAUUAUUUCUUAAUGUUAUGAUUAUAGUUAUGUUGCCAUAUUUUUGAGUUUAUACCCGACUCUGGAUGUUUGUAUAUAUGUUACAGUAAUUUCAUGGGUAGUGUCUCAGCUUUGAAGCUAUAUCAGUUUUGACCUUAGUCAGUAUCAGUAUAGAUAAACCAUAAGCAACGGACUUGUUGGUAGUGGUUGGGGGACAUUCAAAAUUAUUUCUUCAAGGUAGAGAGGAUUAUUUAACAAUGGUUGCCAGUGGCCUAUAUUCAGUAGGCAUUCUAUGCAGAAAAAAAUGCUUUUAUGAGUAAAACUUUUAAAAUGUUUAUUUCCUACAAAUUUUGGGUACCGUAUUUUGGUGCGUAUAGGUCGCACUUUUUCUUCCCAUUUUGCUGCCUGAAAAAUUUCCUGCGACCUAUACGACAGAACAUUGCCAGCAGUUUUUUUUUUUUCGGGCCAAUUUUCUGACCGUAGCUCUCGCAAAGUUACGUGCAUCUGUUACAAACGAACAAAAUGGAUAAAAAAUAUCAAUAUUGGUGGCUUUUCAACCAAUAGCGGUUACUUUCAAUAAAAUAUAUCGUAAAUAACCCAUACAGACUAUUAAAAUUACGAAUGACUUUAAUUCAAAGAUGUUUUUGCAGUCUGAAUUACGUUUGUUUCUACUUUCGUUUUACUGGACGCCAUUCACAUGUACUCCGGGUUGGAUAAAAUCCGGACAGAUCCGUCCUCCAUUCCAAACAUUGUUUUUACUAAUUCUUAGCGUAUUAAAAAACUUGAAAGAUAAUUUUUUACUUUUGAUUUUUAAAUAAAAGAAAAAAAUCCAAAAAGAGAUAUUUUGUUAAUCUUUUUACUCAGAAUCAAAAGAAUGCGGUUAAUUACAUGACACGGAAAGGUGUUAUAACUGCUGUACAAACAAUUCACACUUAAACUUGCAUGAUAACAGAAUGUAAACGCAAACCGUCUGCUGCCAAUUAGUGUCGAAAAGCUGCUUUUCUUUGAUGUAGUCUGUUACCGAUACUACUGUUGGUACGAAAUGGUUGGGAACGAAAAUAACACUGUCCGAUUUCCACCAAUCAGGUUCUGAUAAUAAUUCAGUCCGCGGCAUCAAUAUGGCCGCCACCAUAACUUUUUAGCCGGUAAAUAUUAAAUAUUGCUGGGGAAAAAAUGCGAAAUUUAAAUGCGACUAAUACGCUAGAAGUUAAAUUUUCCGAUCAUUUCCAGAGCAAAAAUUAGAUGCGGACUAUACAUUACCGCGACCUAUUCACAGCAAAAUACGGUAUGAAUAUUUUCCACACUGAUUGUAUUUUUUUAGACUUUAAUUUUGUUCAUGUGGAUAAUUUUGAGGUGUGUCUUAGAUCAAGGUGUGUCAUGAGUGUAGCUGUAACAUGAUUUUGCUGUGUCACAAGUUGAGCUGUGUCACAGGUUGAGCUUUGUCGCAGGUUAAGCUUUGUCACAAUAUUGAAUUAGGAUUGAACUGUGUCACAGGUUACUUUUUUGAAGCUGCUUAAUUCUCUCAUCUGCUUUACAUUUGUUUAUCUACAACAUGCAAAUUUUAGUGAAAAUUAAAAUUGUAAAUAUUAUUUGAUAUUCUGGUCUGCUUUGAAUUUUGAGUCACUCUUCAUAUAUUAGCAAAAUUAAAAGUAUUUGCAAUAUUAUCAAAUCUGCAUGUGUUAUGUUUGAUUAUUAUCGAGUUACGACAUUCUGUUGAAUGCAUUCCAAGCUUUAUGUAACUUUAGAGUUUUAUUAUCAAGAGAUAUUUUUGGACUUUAGAAAGUCAUAAUGGUAAGUCAUUUGACAAAUACGCUGAGAUGUGUUGAAAAAUUCCACAUAUACAUAUAUACAUAUAUUGACGUUUUUGCCUGUUAUGUAAACGUACUGUUGAGACUGAAUUUCAUUUUUUAUUGGUUUGUCCAUACUGUGUUGAAUUAAGAUGUAAUUAUCUACCACAAAAGUAUAUUGAUAAUCCAACAUUGAUCAAGUUUCAAGCAAUUAUGGCUAGUAAAGAUGAAAAAUUGGUUAGGAAUGUGGCAAUGUACAUAUGUUAUGCACUUGAGAAACGUUUAUGUUUAAUGUAAGUUGUUCUUUAAAAACUGCUGCUAAACUGUUUACUGUACUGUACUGUUUAUUGUAUCAUCUGAUUGUAUGUUCGGUUUAUGUUAUCUGUACCAGGGACAGUGGCCAUAUAGUGAUAAAAUGUUUGAGUUGAGUGCAAAGUGUGCUUAUUCAGAACUCUUAUUUUUUAUUGUAUUGUUUUAUACAUGUAGUUGGAGUUUGAUUAAACAUGCCAACAUGUGUAUUUCCAUGAAAUUGCAGACAAGGUUAUAGUCUUUAGAUACACAUGGAAAUUAAAAGUUUUAAAACACAAAGCUACAUUAAUCAUAAACCAGUAUUGUGUAUGACAUAAAGGACAGUGAAAUUCCUUCUAUUACACAACAUAUUUCUGUUGUGUGACUUCAGCCUAGAGAGAUUUUCUACAGCUUUAGUUUCUAGUUUACAGAUUACCCAUACGUUUUUAUAAAUAGAUAAUGUGUAGAAGUCACUAAAUUAUUUUACUUUUUACUUAAGGCUACUAAGCAGUGAAAACACUGUCUUAAUUUGAAAAGUUUACAUAUAUGUGGAGGUUAGCCCAUGAAAUAUAAAGAUGUGAUUUAGACUGAUAAAAAAAUGUAUUUGUAUAAAUUGGGGUUAACACCAAAUAUAAAUAUGCAGUUAAGACUGAUAUAUAAACAUGUAUUUGUAUAGUUGGGGUUAACAUCUAAACUGGUGUGUGUAUAGAUAUUGGUUAAGGCUUCUGUUUUUACAUUUACACCAAACAGAUGAAUUUUUAAUUAUACAUGUUUUUAUACAUCAGACAAGAUUAGACUGUUACUGUGAUAACAGAAGGUAUGUGAAUAUUGUAUUAAUUGGGUUACUCUAAAUAAUAAUUACUGCUUCUUAUAUCUGUUAGAUCAUAAAUACUCUCAGUUCGAAAUUGUUUAGUUUAGUGUUUCCGAGGUCAUAGCACUGGUUUGAUCACGCUUGUUUAUCUAUGUCUAGCCUGGGAAUCCAGUCUGACAAUUUCUAACUUUUUUUCUACCUGCAAAUUGAUAUCAGAAACUCAAUGAAUGCCAGUUAACACAAAUUAGCGCAAAUUAAGUGGGAUCUUUAAUGCAUAGAUAUUAGGACAAGGCACGAAUAUUAUCAACGGCUUCCCAGGCUAACCUAUGUCAAGUAAUACCAUAAAAUGCAUUUUACUGGAUGUUGCUGUUGAAAGCUUUCACAAUAGAUCUGAAUAACCAUUAACAUUUUAGUGUCAUAUAUUAAGAGAAUUGUAACUUCAAAAGCAUCCAGGAUGUGAUAAUUCAAUACACUAAAUCGUAAGUAAAAGAAAUGAAUAGCAGUUUAGUAAUUUACAUUUGAGUGUAAAAUAUUACGUGUUUGUGUUUAAACAUAUGAAGAACAAAAAGCCUUAGAGCAUACUUCAAACUCAAGCAUGUAUUUCUUAUGCAGAAGUUUUGUAUCUUUUUUAUGCCCCCGAAGGGAGGCAUAUAGAUUUUGAACCGUCUGUCAGUCUGUCCGCAAUUUUCGUGUCCGGUCCAUAUCUUUGUCAUCGAUGGAUGGAUUUUCAAAUAACUUGGCAUGAAUGUGUACCACAGUAAGACGAUGUGUCGCGCGCAAGACCCAGGUCCGUAGCUCAAAGGUCAAGGUCACACUUAGACGUUAAAGGUCAUUUUUCAUGAUAGUGCAUUCGUGUCCGGUCCAUAUCUUUGUCAUCCAUGGAUGGAUUUUCAAAUAACUUGGCAUGAAUGUGUACCACAGUAAGACGAUGUGUCACGCGCAAGACCCAGGUCCGUAGCUCAAAGGUCAAGGUCACACUUAGACGUUAAAGGUCAUAUUUCAUGAUAGUGCAUUGAUGGGCGUGUCCGGUCCAUAUCUUUGUCAUUCAUGCAUGGAUUUUAAAAUUAUUGGGCAUGAAUGUGUACCACAGUAAGACGACAUGUCGCGCGCAAGACCCAGGUCCGUAGGUCAAAGGUCCUAAACUCUAACAUCGGCCAUAACUAUUUAUUCAAAGUGCCAUCGGGGGCAUGUGUCAUCCUAUGGAGACAGCUCUUGUUUCUAAUUGAUUUGAUUUAACAAUUCUUAUAUACUUAUUAAUCUCCGAGGCAAAAAAAAAUCAAAUAUUAAAGAUGGCUGGUAAGGUUGUUCUUACAUUGCAACACAACACAUACAUGUUUAAAAUGCUUUUUAUACAUGUAUAGGUUUUUGUCGUAGAUACUAAAGUUUGAGCAGCUUCUACUUUGAUAUGAAAUACAUCUAAUGUUUUUAAAUUCACUAAUGACAUACAUCUUCAUACUUCUUUUCUGCAGAUUUUUUAGGGGACAUUAUUGUGGCUUGCUUUUCAGACUGGUAGUGUUAUAUUGAUCUUACAGUAUUACGGUUUUGCAGACGUUUCAAGUCUUAUGUUUUAUUUUCAUAUUGAAUUUUAGUCAACUGUGUUAGGAUCUUCACAAAUUCCAUCAAAACUGCAGUGUUAUCAGGGAACUUUAGAUUUAAAGUGAGGCAUGUUGAUUUUAGCCAGAUAUUUAGACAUUACCAGAUCCAUGAAAAUUUUAGUUACAAACAUUUAGACUGGUCUAAGAAUGCUUUAUUUUUUAUUGGUGAAUUUCAAAACUUUUGCACAGAAUCAACCAAUCAAAUGCUGGAAUUUUAAGACUGAUAUCAAAAUUCAACUCUUUAAUCUUAAACAAGGAUGGGAUAGUCUUUAAUUUACAAUUGUGAAUCUUUCAUAUUAAUAUUGUCCUACACUUUUGUUGUGGAAAAGCUGUCACUAAUUUGUGGAGGGGAAUUAGUAUUGAUCCUAAAUCCAGAAACUUUAACAGGUUGCAGGUAGGUUAAUGAACUGCUGUAUCUAACAGAAAUACUGACUAAAACUGGGAAUUAAACCAAACCAAACAAAACAUGUGGUACAACUCCGUAGAUGUUAAAAGAUGUUCAGAUGCAUUGUGCAAUAGUUAUACUGUGUAAACUCAAGUGUUAGUAUUUUUUAUUAUGAUGAAAUAAUUUUUAAGCUGUUGACAGUAGACAAAAUUAAAUAGAUGUAGCUGUAUUUAGAAGCAGGUGUAGCUAGACUCGGAUUUUAUGUAGAAUUUAUUGGGAUGAGACUUCGUUUUGAUUUGAUGGAGGUUUUUAACAUUUGAAGUAAUUUUCUAUUAAAAUAAGAAUAUUUUAGUGAAAAAUUUUUAACAAUAAGAAAAGACCUAAUGGUUUAAAAAUGUUAGUUUAACUUUUAAUUUACUGUCGAGAUUUUUUACUCUGUUAAGAAUUGUACAAAGGUAAAAACAAUGAAUUCCAGAUUUUUUUUCUUCCCUUCUGUUGUAUUAUACUUUUACCAAACAUUAAAAAAAUAGAAUUGAAGGAAGAAAACUGCAUGUCAACAAGACAAUGUCAUAAUUUUAUCUAUUCUAAACAACAGGGUGGUUCUUUUUAACUGUACACAUAUUAUAUAAUAUAUAGAUUGAAGAUGUCAGAUUAUAUGUUAAGUGUCCAUGUUCAUUACAUGUCAGAUCAAUUUGUCUUUGACUUGGGAAUAUUAGAAUUGACAUUUUCAAAAAGCCUCCUGUGAAAAAAUUGCAUCUGGUAUUAACCAAGUGAAAGAUAUUUUAAUCUUACACUGAAACAAGGUAUUACAGACUCUUACAUGCCUGCCUAUGUAAGAUAUGGUAUCAAAAGAAAGGGAGAUAAUGCUGGGUUGUCCUAAGGGUUUGGAUAAUGCAUGUCUUACACAGGCAGACAUGUUUGAUCAUGUUUCUUGCCUACUGUUUUGUCAUCAUAUCAUUUUCAAAGAUAACACAGAUGUUGUAUUACAAGUGGCACAUGAUAAUUCAAAAUGUAACGUCUAAAUGCACGCAUGUAGCUUGUCUUUUUUCGUAGGAUAAUCCCAUCUCGCUUACAUCCGGUGAAACAUUUUUAUAGUCUUUUUUCCCACUAGGUAGGGAAGAAACUGGUAUCCCCUUUGUCAUAUGUAGAAGCAUAUGUGUUAUUUUGAUGUGUAGUUUGUGUACGUUAUAUGUAUAUGUUGCACAUAGAAUAUUUAUGAUAUUUCUACACACUGUGUUAAGUACUUGUGCUAAUAAAGGGCUGAAAACUUAUGUUUCCUAAAUGGGAUGUUUAUGAUCAUGCAAAUAUUAAAUUGGUAAAAACACAAACAA